CUCUCCUCCUAAUACAAUCGUCCUCCCUGGCUUUCCCCUCGCCCAAUCUCUCCCUCUUCCCUCUUCCCACCAGCGUCCGUAUAUCACCCAAUCAUCCCCCCGUCCGUCGUCUUUUCAAUCCCACUCCAAUCUGCCAGCUUCGUCGCCUGCUGCUGGCUUAGGGCUUUCUCCUCUGUUCCCGUUUUUGCCCACCCCCGCCCCAGCUCGAGUCCGUCGUCUGCUGCCCGGCCUGCACCUCCCCAUCCCACCUCUCCGCCCAUCCCGUCCCGACCCUCUCUCGUCGCUCGCUUGUCUCUUCUCUUCUCUCCGAACUCACCAGAACAUCCCUCCUCCAUCCGCUUUCGCUUGCAUUCACUCGUUCAUCUCCGACCGCAAGCUUCACGUUCAUGCUGCACGCAUAAUUGCUCUCGCCUUUUUCCCCCCUUCCCUUUUCUCUCGCCCUUGUCUGGCUUUGCUGCAAUGAACUUCCAACCGGAAGCGCACAAUGGCGCCCCCAAGCGAUCCAACUCUGGCAGAGAGAUCGUCUACCUGUUUCCCAACGCAAGCACCGGAGGCUCUGUCGUGAACACGUCCCCGCCGUCUCACGAAAACAUGCCUCCAGAUGUCGCUCAGGCCCUCGAGUUGCUUAGAAAUUACUCGUUUCGCGAUGUUUAUCGUUGGUUGAAGAUGGACCGACAAGACGAGAUCAACCACAGCUCCGGUGCCAUGCAUCGUCCGCAUUCGACCUUCAAUGGCCCAAACCACGCUCCUCGCAUGUCCGUCGCCUCCUCCACCCAAGGCUCGUCCCGCGCGUCUUCCGUCUUUUCCGCCGGCGCAAAGCGCAUCUCCAUAGCAUCCACCAACACCACCUUCAGUCACCUGUCCGAUCGGGGCCAACAGACGGUCAAUCCAGGCUGGGAGGCAACCCUGCCCGUCAAUGGCGCCCGCCAGUCGUCGCUGCAGACGGCCCACGUCGUGUCUCUGAACCGUCAGAACUCGGCAACCCUGGUGAGCUCGCCCGUGGUCAAGAGCGCGAGGCCAUCCAUUGUCAACACGACCCCCGUUCGCCCCAGUCCGCGUCAGCGCGAGAGCGACGUCGAAGCGAAGAAGAAGUACUUCUGCACCGCCUGCAACAAGGGCUUCGCCCGCAAGUACGACUGGAAGGUGCACGAGCAGCGCUACCACGAGCAACAGACGCAGUAUCCGUGCCCGGACUGCAACCAGAUCCUGUUCGCCGAGACGCUGUUCAAGUCCCAUCAUCGAGACGCCCAUGGCUGUCAGGACUGUCCUCACGCGAAGGGCAUAGCGAAGGAGGUCGACGUCCGAAGAAAGCGGACCGCCUGGGGCUGCGGUUUCUGCAGCGAGAUGCUGGACGACUGGGAGAAGCGCUGCGACCACGUCGCUGCGCACUACGACAACGGCGUCAAACGCGAAGAGUGGGAUCACUCCAAGGUCAUCAUCGGCCUGCUCCGUCAGCCCGAAAUCGACCAAGAGUGGCGCCUGCUCCUGACGAGCCGCCACGGCCAGUUCCCGACCGAUCUUGGCCUGAGAUUCAGCAAGGAAGCCACCGGUCGCUCCCACGGCGAGAACGCGGCACAGCUGCAGGACUUGCUUGAAUUUGGCGCCUGCCCUCGAGACAUCAAAGCCAUUGUCGAGCUGGCCUACGAACACGGUUACCGACGCCCUGUCUCGGCUGCUCCUUCCUCCUCGCAGCCGACCCAGACGCAGUCAACUUCCCUCAUGUCCCCGCCGUUCAGCGUCAACCAGGACGCGUCCAUGGAGUCUCCCGUUAAUCAGACCACCCAAUCCGAGGAUGCUUCGCCCAUGCAAUUUGUCGCCCAGACGACCAACUCGAGCCCUAUGGACGGCUUCGACAUGAACGUGACCGCCUCUAUGGCCGCUUAUCAGACACCAGCGGAAUCACGCGUGAGUUCUGUGGGCCCCGCCAUGUCCGCGACCAUCACCAACCCACUCGACUGGAGCACAUAUCAGAUGUUCCCGGAGCAGUACACCAUGAAUCCUCCCAACCCAACUCGCAUGUCGGUCUCAUAUGACAAACCACUACCACAAAUCCCCCCCGAGGAUGGAAGAAAUUCCGUCACGCCCCGGCCGCAGCAGCAGCAAAGGGUGCAGCACGUGGCAGAGCAGAUGCAGCAGUUCGUUCCGGAAUCUGAUCCAGCCUUUGAGACGUGGUCUCUCAUGAACGCCUCGCUUGGGGACGACCCUCAAUAUUUCGCCACCGCUCAUCAAUUCGUGUGAAGAUGGAAGAAACAGAGUACGCGAACAAAGCCUAUUCCCGUACACGCCCGUCCUCCGAGCGCGCCUGAGGGUCGAAAUCGAGCAGGCUGAGCGACCCUUUCCGGACGGCUAAGAGCGGUACGUCCAGGGUCGAGCAUCGAAUGUUCCAAGGCGCAAGCACCGGGCGCCGUUUCAGCUAGAGCAGAUUUUGAGCCCGUCUCAACAAGAAAGCACCUGCUGUUUCGAACAAAUGCCGCCACAAUACGCAUACGCCACAGUAUGCUAUUUUUUUCCUCCCCCCCUCCCCCCAAAACCUUCAACCAAACCCCUGUUUCCCCCCCCCAAUUGCUACAUCGUGAUACCCAUUGUGUAAUCUCUAAUACGGACCUAUCUUUUGGGGGGACCAAACCAACCUCCACAAUGAACCUAGGUCGUCAGCCGCUUGGUUUCCUUUUUAUUUGGGUUCCCUUUUGCUCUCUACGGUUGAAAAAUGGAGUGUUGUUGUUCUUGUUGGUUUCUUUGCUGUUUUUGGAGGACGGGUUGCAUUUAGGCCUUUAUGACAGGAUCUGGACUGAGCAUGGACAGGUACAAAGGUUGCAUCGACUACGCAGAUGGUGGGUUUUCUUGUUGAUUUACGAGCUUGUAAGAUAUGCGAAAAAGGGCAGUGUCUUGGAAGAAACCUAUCUCCGUAUGUGGCUAUGUCGAACUGUCUAUUUGCAGAUUACUGUUCAAGUGUGCAGGAUCUUUUUGACGAAUGUCAUGCCAGAUCAGAUCUGAUGAAUAGUCCCCAAGAUUGAGAUACUUCAGAAUAGCAACAAAUGUCGAACAAAGAAGGUCUCCCAGCUCAGCCAUGACCGUAGCCAACAGCCUGUGGCGUGCACAUGUGCCAGGAGUGGCGCAUCCGGAAUGGCGAAUGAUGCACUUUGGACGGGGCUUGGCCUCACACCACCAAAGCACGCUUUUGAGGAAACCUUGUGUCAACACCAUUUAAGGCGAUUCCCG